UAUCAGUUGACGUUCGACCGUGAUACAUAAUAAAUCUCAGGCAGAAAUUUUUCUUUUAUCUCACAAAGACUGGACAAUUUGUAAUAAUUUUGUUUCAAUAGAUCAGUGCAUAUAAGAUAUUUGAAACAUGGAUUUUUUCCAAAUUUUUUGCGCCAUUUGCAUAAUGCUUCUUGCCAUCUAUUACUAUUAUACUUCAAUUUACAACUAUUGGAAAGUUCGUGGAAUACCUGGACCAGAACCAACUAUCAUCACUGGCAAUUUUAUGGAAGUUUUCCUCAAAAAAAUAUCGAUAAACGAUAAAUUGAAAUUUUUAUACAAUAAAUACAAGAAUGAGCCAAUGUUCGGAAUAUUCGAAGGAUCCUCGCCUAUUCUUGUUCUUAAUGAUUUAGAUCUGAUCAAAGAUGUUCUCAUCAAGGAUUUUUCUAUAUUUUCUAACCGAGGUUUUCGCAUAUUUCCAAAGGCGGAACCAUUGGGAGAGCAUCUGUUCGCUUUGGAGACUGAAAGAUGGCGGCCGAUGAGAGCGAAACUCUCACCGAUAUUCACCUCUGGCAAGCUAAAGGAGAUGUUCCCACUUAUCAUAGAAUGCUCUAAAAAUAUGGAGCCAUAUUUAGACAAAAUAGCAGAGAGGGGGAAAUAUAUAGAAUGCCGUGAUCUGGCUGCGAAAUUUACAACUGACGUGAUCGGUAGCUGCGCUUUUGGGAUCGACAUGAAUUCUAUAUCGGACAAGGACAGCGAAUUUCGUAUAAUCGGCAGAAAAUUAUUCACACCCACCUUUAAAACAAUAGUCAGGGAUGUCUGCAGGCAAUUUUUGCCAGAAUUGUAUGAUGUAAUUGGUCACAAGCUCCAAGUGGAAGAAGUAAAUGAAUUUUUGAUGAAUUUAAUCAAGGACACGAUUAAUUACAGAAAAGAGAAUAAAAUAGUUAGACCCGAUUUUGUUAAUACAUUGAUAGAGCUUAAAGAUCAUCCAGAGAAAUUAGAGAGUAUAAAACUGACAGAUUCCAUGAUUGCUUCGCAAGCUUUUGUCUUCUUUGUUGCUGGUUUCGAAACUUCUUCAUCUACGAUAUCUCAUGCUCUUUACGAAUUGGCUCAGAAUCAGGAAAUCCAAGAUAAGCUACGUGAAGAAAUCAGAGAAGUUUAUGAAAAACAUGGAGAAUUGACGUAUGAUGUAAUUAAAAACAUGAAAUAUUUGGACAAGAUUUUCAAAGAAACUUUAAGGAAGUAUCCAAUAAUGGCAAUGCUAACCAGGGAAGCAGAGGAAAAUUAUACAUUUAAGGGCACUAAAGUUACUAUCGAAAAAGGUAUAAAAGUGUGGAUACUGCCAUAUGGAAUUCAAAAUGAUCCAAAUAUAUAUCCAAAUCCUGAUAUUUUCGAUCCCGAAAGAUUCAGUGAAGAAGCUGUAGCUGCCAGGCAUCCUAUGAGUUAUUUACCUUUUGGCGAUGGACCAAGAAAUUGCAUUGGUGCACGUUUUGCACAAUUUCAAAGCAAAAUUGGUAUUAUAACAAUUGUCCGUAAUUAUAAAAUUGAUGUUUGCGAGCAAACUAAAAUUCCAUAUGAAAGUGAUCCAUUUCAAUUUUUGUUAGCACUGAAAGGAGGUAUCAACCUAAAAAUAAAUAAAAUAUAAAAUUAAUAUAAGUAUUAUGCAUGUAUAUAUUAACAGUAAAAGUUAUUCAAUAUAUAUUAUAUUAACUAAA